UUGAUCUUUUACAAUGCUUUGGCAUUUGGGGGGUUUGUAAAUGAGCCAUCGCAUUCAUGACUUGACUUGAUGUAAUAUCAGUGAUACGAAAAGUUCGGCAAACAUCAACAGCCCAAAUGUCUUUCAUGAGAGUGCUGAUUCAAACCUUCAGUAAGCUCAACGACACUAGCAGGGGCUGUGCACGGGCCACAAAGAUCAACCCUCGCGAUGAACUUCGCGUCCUUCAAGAUUUCGGAGCCACUUCGUUAAAGCCCAGCAUCCUUUCGUCAACUCGGCAAGAAACACAGCCGCCAUCACAAGAUGGCGUCCACCACCGCACCAUUGUCAUUGGAAUCCUUCCUGAGCACACUUCCCCCGGAUCUUUUUGACCAAACCACGCUCAUCUCUCUCGCUUCCACCGUCGCCAUCCUCCUGGCAGCCUAUUCUCUCUCCCGCGUGGCCCUCGACCCCAAGACUACCACCUCCCGCUACCGGUUCCUCUUCAUAUGGCAUGCCUUCGAUGCACUGAUUCACUUUUGCCUCGAGGGCAGCUUCCUCUACCACUGCUUCUUCUCGUCGGCACCUCUCGGCCAUCUGGACCCCAAGGAGGUGUUUGUUGAUCCCUACAACUAUCUCGGAAGAAUUGAUAAGGUACAUGGUGCGCAGGCUGUUGCUGGGAGGUUUGUUGACGGGGUUGUGGGUGGUCCGGCGAAAGCUGGGGAUGUGGGCGGCGGAUUGCUGGAAAAGGUGGUGAGGGGCACGGCAGAGUUGUGGAUGGUUUAUGCCAAGGCUGAUAGAAGGUGGGCUGGGGUUGAUUUGAGCGUCGUCAGUCUCGAGCUCCUCACCGUCCUUGUCGUCGGGCCCUUGGCUUGCUGGGUCUGCUACGACAUCGCCAAGAAGAACUCGAGGGUAAACAUCGUUAUGAUCAUGAUUGCUACUGCUGAAAUUUAUGGCGGCUGGAUGACCUUCUGCCCCGAGUGGCUCGUGGGCAGCGUCAACCUCGACACCAGCAACUGGAUGUACCUGUGGCUUUACUUGGCCUUCUUCAAUGGCUUAUGGGUUGUCAUCCCUGCGUAUGUCAUUUACGUUGCGUCUGGGGAGAUUAUGGGUGCCUUCAAGGUCCGGGAUGCUGCGGCGAAGGCUAAGAAGUCUUUGUGAUGUGGGGGUUUUUGGUAAUGGAUGGUGGAGGGACUUGGGGCUGUUGAUAAGUGGCAGUAACUCGCAAGUCUCGAAGCGCACUUAUCCAAAGCUUCAUCAGGAGGGGUGGGUAAGAAGCGGUUUCGACACCUGCCCAGUACGGGUGUUCAUCGCAAUC